AUGCAAUGGAUAGGAAAAGAUCUUUUGAAAAAAUUGUCAUUCCCGUCAUGGUUAAAAAAAAAUGUACAAAAGUUUCUGACGUUUGUUGAAGACGAACCAGAUUUCCAGAGCGGACCCAUCCCUUCAAAGUAUCUUAUUCCCAAGAAAAUCAACUUGAUGGUCUACACGUUGUUUCAAGUACAUACUUUGAAAUUUAAUAGGAAAGAUUACGAUAUCCUUUCUCUUUUUUACCUCAACAGAGGAUACUAUAGUGAGUUGAGUUUUCGUGUCCUGGAACGUUGUUACGAAACUGCGAGUUCCAGGCCGAACGACAGCUCUACGAUGCGUACUUUCACCAACUUUGUUUCUGGCACGCCUAUUGUAAGGAGUCUUCAGAAAAGCACCAUAAGGAAAUAUGGAUACAAUUUGGCACCCUACAUGUUUUUGUUACUACACGUAAAUGAGCUUUCGAUUUUUUCCGCAUAUCAAGCAAGUUUACCUGGCGGUAAGAAAGUCGACACAGAGCGGCUGAAACGUGAUCUAUGCCCACGUAAACCCACUGAGAUAAAGUACUUUUCACAGAUAUGUAACGAUAUGAUGAACAAAAAAGACGGAUUGGGUGAUAUUUUGCAUAUUAUCUUGCGAGCAUGUGCGCUUAAUUUUGGGGCGGGACCCCGUGGUGGUGCUGGUGAGGAAGAAGAUCUAUCUGUUGCGAAUGAACAAUCCGUUAUUCCCUCUGUGGACGAACAUGGCUUAAAAGUAUGCAAGUUGCGCAGUCCUAACACUCCACGAAGGCUCAGAAAAACACUAGAUGCCGUGAAAGCUUUAUUGGUGUCUUCUUGUGCUUGCACCGCAAAGGAUUUAGAUAUAUUUGAUGACAACAACGGCGUUGCGAUGUGGAAAUGGAUCAAAAUUCUGUACCACGAAGUAGCACAGGAAACCGCGCUGAAGGACUCUUAUAGAAUAACUUUGGUACCUUCUUCUGAUGGUAUAUCAGUAUGUGGAAAACUGUUUAAUCGCGAGUAUGUCCGCAGCUUUUACUUUGCAUGCAAGGCUCAGUUUGACAACCUUUGGGAAGAGUUGAACAAUUGCUUUUAUAUGCCUACAGUGGUUGAUAUUGCCAGUCUCAUUUUGCGUAAUCGAGACGUGUUGUUCAGAGAGCCAAAGCGAGGAAUUGACGAGUAUCUGGAAAACGAUUCUUUUCUUCAAAUGAUACCUGUUAAAUAUCGUGAAAUUGUGCUGCCAAAGUUGAGAAGAGAUACUAACAAAAUGACCGCGGCUCUUAAAAAUAAAGUGGCUGUUGCAAUUGACGAGCUUACGGUGCCACUUAUGUGGAUGAUCCAUUUUGCCGUAGGAUACCCUUACCGGUAUCCAGAGCUUCAGCUACUCGCUUUUGCCGGUCCUCAGCGCAACGUAUACGUCGACGAUAUAACAAGGCGCAUCCAACUAUACACUGAUUAUAACAAGAACGGUUCAUCGGAGCCUCGACUAAAGACACUUGACGGACUCACUUCAGAUUACUUGUUUUACUUUGUCACUGUGCUAAGGCAAAUGCAGAUAUGUGCGCUUGGUAACAGUUAUGACGCCUUUAAACACGAUCCUUGGAUGGAUGUCGUGGGGUUUGAGGAUCCAAAUCAAGUAACAAAUCGAGAUACUUCGAGGAUAGUUUUGUAUUCCUACAUGUUUCUGAAUACCGCUAAGGGCUGUCUCGUUGAAUAUGCAACUUUUCGACAGUACAUGAGGGAACUUCCGAAGAAUGCACCUCAGAAGCUGAAUUUUCGGGAGAUGCGCCAGGGGUUGAUUGCCCUAGGGCGGCACUGCGUAGGUAGCAGAUUUGAAACAGAUUUGUACGAGUCGGCGACGAGUGAACUCAUGGCCAACCAUUCCGUUCAAACAGGGCGAAACAUUUACGGUGUGGAUUCCUUUUCGUUAACCAGUGUCAGUGGAACGACCGCCACUUUAUUGCAGGAGCGAGCUUCCGAGCGCUGGAUUCAAUGGUUAGGCCUUGAAAGAGACUACCAUUGUUCCUUCUCCAGUACUCGGAAUGCGAGAGAUGUAGUAGCAGCAGUAGCAGGCGAAGCGAGUUCAGAUCAUCAUCAAAAUUUUUUGAGUGCAACGCGAAAAAGGCCCCGAGAGCCCAAGAGCACAAACGAUAUCCUCGUCGCAGGUCGGAAACUUUUUGGCAGAUCCUUUGAAUUCAGGGACUUGCAUCAGUUGCGCUUAUGUUAUGAAAUAUACAUGGCAGACACACCCUCUGUGGCAGUACAAGCCUCACCGGGCUAUGGUAAGACGGAGUUGUUUCAUCUUCCCUUAAUAGCACUCGCGUCCAAGAGCGACGUGAAACAUGUGUCGUUUCUGUUUGUACCGUACACAGUGUUGCUUGCUAAUUGCAUGAUCAGGUUGCGCCGAGGCGGUUGCUUGAAUGUGGCCACUGUAAGAAACUUUAUUGAAGAGGGUUACGAUGGUGUUACUGAUUUAUACGUGGGGAUCUACGAUGACCUUGCUAGCGCCAACUUCACAGACAGGAUAGCUGGUUGGGAUAAUAUUGUUGAGUGCACCUUUAGGACCAACAAUGUAAAGUUGGGUUACCUCAUUGUAGAUGAGUUUCACAACUUGGAAACGGAGGUCUACCGGCAGCCGCAAUUUGGGGGCAUAAGGAACCUCGAUUUUGACGCUUUCGAGAAAGCAAUCUUUUUGAGCGGCACAGCACCUGAGGCUGUAGCUGAUGCUGCGUUGCAGCGCAUAGGGCUUACGGGACUGAGCAAGAAAUCGAUGGACAUCAACGAGCUCAAACGGUCGGAAGACCUCAGCAGGGGUUUAUCCAGCUAUCCCACACAGAUGUUCAAUCUGAUUAAGGAGAAAUCUGAGGUGCCUUUAGGGCAUGUGCAUAAAAUUUGGAAAAAAGUGGAAUCACCUCCCGAAGAAGCACUGAAGCUUCUUUUAGCCCUGUUUGAAACUGAACCAGAGUCGAAGGCCAUUGUAAUUGCUAGCACAACCAAACAAGUGGAAGAACUGGCCUGCUCUUGGAGGGAGUAUUUCAAGGUGGUAUGGAUACACGGGAAGCUGGGUGCUGCGGAAAAGGUGUCUCGCACGGAGGAGUUUGUCACUGACGGUGGCAUGCGAGUUCUCAUCGGAACAAAAUUAGUGACUGAAGGAAUUGACAUUAAGGAAUUGAUGAUGGUGAUCACGCUUGAUAAUAGACUUAAUAUUAUUGAGCUCAUUCAAGGCGUGGGAAGACUAAGAGAAGGAGGCCUCUGUUAUCUAUUAUCUAGAAAAAACAGUUGGGCGGCAAGGAAUCGUAGGGGUGAAUUAUCACCAAUUAAGGAAGGCUGUAUAACCGAACAGGUACGCGAGUUUUAUGGACUUGAAUCAAAGAAAGGAAAAAAGGGCCAGCAUGUUGGAUGCUGUGGCUCCAGGACGACCUGUCGGCAGACACAGUGGAACUGA